GGUCUGUGGCACCUUUACUGUGCUUUUGUCUCCAGAGCCAAGCCCGUUGUACCCUAGAUAUGCCCGUGGCACCCCAGCUUUGCCUUUUGUACCCCAGACAUUUCCCUGGCACCCCAGAUUUGCCUGUUGCACUCUGCCCAUGCCCAUGCUGCUGUGGCCAUGCCUGUUGCACCUCAUCUUUGCCUAUGGCAUUCCAGAUUUGCCUGUUGUACCCUGACCAUGCCUGUAGCACCCCAGAGUUGCCCAUGGCACCCCAGCUGUGCCCACAGCACCCUGGGCAUGCCUAUGGCACCCCAUCUUUGCCUGUGGCAUCCCAACUGUGCCCAUGUCCUGGCCCUGCCCAGGGCAUCCCAUCUUUGCCCAUAUGACCCAUCUUUGCCCGUGGCACCCUGUCCACGCCCGUGGCACCUCAACUGUGCCCGUGACACCCCAGCUUUGCUCAUGGCAGCCCAUCUUUGCCUGUUGCACCCCAGCUGUGCCUGUGGCACCCUCAGCCAUCCACCCUGCCGGGGUGUCCCCCAUUCCCACGCCUGUUCCCGGCCUCCCACCCUCCCGGAAAUCCUUCCCUGGCGGCGCGGGGGCCCUCCCGGACCCCCCCAACUUCCUGCUUCCCGCCGGGCAGGGCAGAACAAUUCCCGGCCGCCGCAUCCUGCCCGGCCCGGGGCGCGGGAGGGGGGCACUGCGGGGGCGCCCCCAGGACACCAGGCAGGGCCUGGGGGUCCGGGGCAGGACGUGGGGUGGGGAGGGGGAGCGGACGGGACGAGUUUCCUGAGCCUCGUCACAGCUGGAGGAGGGGCUGUGGCGGGGGGGGGGCAGAGUCGGGGACCCCCCAAGGGCGUGGGGGGCCCUCGUGACACCCUUCCCUCAAUGCCGCCUUGUCCCCGUGCGGCCCGCGUGACGCUGCUGCCCCGUGGCCCUGACGGGGCCCCGGCGUGGCCGUGUCUCCCCCCAGGGACCCCCUGGUGUCCCCCCCGCCCCAGCGCCAUGGCCCCUGGCCGGCCGCUGGCCCUUGCCUUGCUGCUAGCCCUCACCACCGCUGCUGCUGCCACCGCUGUCACUGCCCCGGGGGCCUCGUGGAGCGCCGUGCCCCGGAGAACUGUCCUCUAUGCCGAGCUGCGGGAUGCAGCCAAGCGCUUCUCCCAUGGGGGGGUCUCGCACUACCUGACGCUGACGCUGGACGAGGCCGAGGGGCUGCUCUACGUGGGGGCUCGGGAGGCCCUGUUCGCCCUGGCCACCGGCACCGUGGAGCUCAAGGCAGCGAUCUCCUGGGAAGCCCCAGUGGAGAAGAAGGCUGAGUGUGUGCAGAAGGGCAAGAACAACCAGACCGACUGCUUUAACUACGUGCGGUUCCUGCAGAGCUACAACAGCUCCCACCUCUACGCCUGUGGCACCUACGCCUUCCAGCCCAAGUGCACCUACAUCGAACUGUCCGGAUUCACCCUGGACCAAGUGGCAUUUGAGGACGGCAAAGGGAAGUGUCCCUACGACCCCACCAAGGGGCACACUGGCCUCAUCGUGGAUGGGGAGCUCUACUCAGCCACCUUCAACAACUUCCUGGGCACAGAGCCUGUCAUCCUGCGCAACCUGGGCCCGCACUACUCCAUGAAGACGGAGUAUCUCACCUCCUGGCUCAAUGAGCCCCACUUCGUGGCCUCAGCGUUCGUGCAGGAGAGCUCUGGCAGCAGCACCGGCGAUGACGACAAGGUGUAUUUCUUCUUCAGUGAGCGCGCGGUGGAGUACGACUGCUAUGCUGAGCAGGUGGUGGCCCGGGUGGCCAGGGUGUGCAAGGGGGAUGUGGGUGGUGCCCGGACGCUCCAGAAGAAGUGGACGACAUUCCUGAAGGCCCGUUUGGUGUGUUCAGCCCCGGAGCAGCAGCUCCACUUCAACCGGCUCCAGGCCGUGUUCACCCUGCCCGGGGCCGAGUGGCAGGAAACCACCUUCUUUGGGGUGUUCCAGGCCCACUGGGGGGACGUGGAUGUCUCAGCCAUCUGCCGGUACCACAUCCUGGAGGUGAAGAAGGCAUUUGAGGGGCCCUACAAGGAGUACCGGGAGCAGGCGCAGAGGUGGGGCCGUUACUCAGAUGAGGUGCCCAGUCCCCGGCCCGGAGCGUGCAUCACGGACUGGCACCGGCAGAACGGCUUUGCCAGCUCCCUGGAGCUGCCCGACAACACCCUGAACUUUGCCAAGAAGCACCCACUGAUGGACGAGCCGGUGCCGCCGCAGCGCGGGCGCCCGCUGCUGCUCAAGAAGGACUCCAACUUCACCCAGCUGGUGGUGGAUCGCGUGGCUGGGCUGGAUGGCACCGUCUAUGAGGUGCUUUUCAUUGGCACAGGUGAUGGGUGGGUGCACAAGGCACUGGAUUUGGGCACUUCCAUCCACCUGGUGGAGGAGCUGCAGGUGUUCGAGCCGGCACAGCCCGUGGAGAGCCUGGUGCUGGCCAGGAGGAAGAAGCUGCUCUUCGCCGGCUCCCGUUUCCAGGUGGCCCAGCUACCCCUGGCCGACUGCGGGCGGUACCAGUCGUGCACAGACUGUGUCCUGGCACGGGAUCCCUACUGCGCCUGGAGCCGGAACGGCAGCACCUGUGUCCGGAUUGAUGGGCAGAACGGGUCCCACCUGGUGCAGGACGUGCUGAGCUCCGACACUGGCGCCUGCUCCGUCCCUCAGGCAGCCAAACAAGGGCCCCUCACCCCCAAGAACGUGACGGUGGUGGCAGGCACCGACCUGGUGCUGACGUGCCGCCUGGGCUCCAACCUGGCACGGGCGCAGUGGACGUUUGAGGGCCGUGCGCUGCCGGCCGAGCAGGCGCUGGUGCUGAGCGACGCGCGGCUGCGGGCGCUGGUGGUGCCGGGUGCUGGUGCCCAGCACAGUGGCACAUACCGGUGCCUGGCGGAGGAGCAGGGGGCCCCCUUGGGCACCCAGGAGUACCAGGUGACUGUGCUGGCGGGGCCCGGGGCGCCGCUAGAGGCGCGGGCACCGCUGGAGAGCCUGGGCGUGGUGUGGGUGCUGGCCGUGUGCCUGGGCGCCCUGUGCCUCGUACUGCUGCUCGCUGUGCUCUCGCUGUGGCGGCGCCUGCGUGAGGAGCUGGGCAAGGGUACCAAGGCCAUCGAGAGCACCCUGGUGUACCCCAUUGAGCUGCCCAAGGAGCCACCCAGCCCCCGCUUCGUGUCCAGCGCCGCCUCCGACUCGGAUGAGAAGCUCUGGGACCCCUCCAGCUACUACUACUCGGACGGGUCCCUGAAGAUUGUGCCUGGCCACGCCACCUGUCGCAACGGCGGCCCUGGCACCGCUGCCUCGCCACCCGCUGCCAUCCCUGGGCAGCCCCUGCACUCGCCCACCCGCAUCCACCUGGGACCCCUGCGCGGCUCCUCGUCCAACGGGUACAUCCGGCUGGCACUGGGUGCCGAGGAGCGCCCACCCUGUGCCGACCUGGCUGAGGAGCUGCGGCGGAAGCUGCAGCAGCGCCAGCCCCUGCCCGACUCCAACCCCGAGGAGUCAUCGGUCUGAGCCAGAGGGAUUGGCACCACCUACCUCAGGGCCCCACCCCAGACCCCAGGGUGGGCACCCUGGCCUAAGGACCGGCAUCGGCACCCAGCCUGGGGCUGUGGGGUGGGCGCUGGCACCUGCCCUGGGGACAGGAUUGUUGCCUCAGUGCCAGUACCCGCCUUGGGAACUGAUAUAUUGGCACUGGUACUUGCCUUGGGAACAGGAUUGCCACCCUGGUACCCUCUUUGGGGACAGGAUUGCCACCCUGGUGCCAGCACCCACCUUGGGGGCAGGAUUGUCACCCCAGUGCCAGUACCUAUGUUGGAGACUGACACACUGGCACUGGCACCUGCUUUGGGGACAGGAUUGUCAUGCCAGCACCUGCUAUGAGGACAGGAGUGUCACCCUGGUGCCAGCACCCACCUUGGGGACAGGAUUGUCACCUGGUACUUGCCCUGGCAGUGGGAUUCCUACCCUGGCACCACCUUGGGGACAGAAGUGUCACCCUGACACUCACCCUGGGGUGUCACAUUUGGGGUCCUGGUGCCCAUUUUGGGCCCCAGAGCCACCCUCGGUCACCACACCCGCCUUCGGUACCAUGUCCCACACAAGGGACAGACCUUGGGGACACCCCCCCCGGCCCACGCCCCGGUGGCCCCAGGAUGUUUUUUGGGCUGAUUUCUGAACUGAUCGGGUUUUUCUUCCUGAGAACUUUUCUAUUACCCCCACCCCAGUGUCCCCUUUCCCAGGGCUCUGCCCCCCCAGCCCUGGCUGUACAUCCCCUCCCAACCCCCCGCCUGCUCCCCCUGCACGGUCCCCUCCCAUUUUGUAUAACCCUCCCAGUGUAAUUUAUUUGUUACCGAAAUAUAUUUAUUUGCUGUAAAUACGUGAGUAUUUUUAUAUUAAUAAUAAAAGGAGUUGAAAAUA